AGGCUCCCCUGGGACGCUCCCCGCAGGAACUCAGCGGCCGCUGCAAACUCUGCGGAGGGAGUCUUCCUGCAGUCCCGCACCUGUCGCCCUCACUUGUUGCCCGCACCGGCGGCGCUCACUCUCAGCCCACAUCUCUCGCCGGCACCUGCACCCCUGCACCUGCAGCUCUGCACCUGCAGACCGGCCCAGCAUGGCGGAUCAAGCGCCCUUCGACACAGAUAUCAGCACCCUGACCCGCUUCGUCAUGGAGGAGGGCAGGAAGGCUCGCGGCACUGGCGAGCUGACCCAGCUGCUCAACUCGCUCUGCACCGCGGUCAAAGCCAUUUCCUCGGCGGUGCGCAAGGCGGGCAUCGCGCAGCUCUACGGCAUCGCGGGCUCUACCAAUGUGACAGGCGACCAAGUCAAGAAGCUGGAUGUCCUCUCCAAUGACCUGGUUAUGAAUAUGCUAAAGUCGUCCUUCUCCACCUGUGUCCUUGUGUCCGAGGAAGAUAAACACGCCAUCAUCGUAGAACCUGAGAAAAGAGGUAAAUACGUGGUCUGUUUUGAUCCCCUGGAUGGCUCUUCCAACAUCGACUGCCUUGUGUCCAUUGGAACCAUUUUUGGCAUCUACAGAAAGAAAUCUACUGGUGAGCCUUCCGAGAAGGACGCCCUGCAGCCAGGCCGGGACCUCGUGGCAGCUGGCUAUGCCCUCUAUGGCAGUGCCACAAUGUUGGUCCUGGCCACAGAGAGUGGUGUCAACUGCUUCAUGUUGGACCCGGCCAUUGGGGAGUUCAUCUUGGUGGACAAGAAUGUGAAGAUAAAAAAGAAAGGUAAUAUCUACAGCCUUAACGAAGGCUAUGCCAAGGACUUUGACCCUGCCAUCACUGAGUACAUCCAGAGGAAGAAGUUUCCUUCAGAUAAUUCAGCUCCCUAUGGGGCCCGGUAUGUGGGCUCCAUGGUGGCUGAUGUGCACCGUACUCUGGUCUAUGGAGGGAUCUUUUUAUACCCUGCUAACAAGAAAAGCCCCAAUGGGAAGCUGAGACUGCUGUAUGAAUGUAACCCAAUGGCCUUUGUCAUGGAGAAGGCCGGGGGAUUGGCCACCACAGGCAAGGAAGCUGUAUUAGACAUUGUUCCCACUGACAUCCACCAGCGAGCGCCAGUCAUCCUGGGGUCCCCUGACGACGUGAGGGAGUUCCUGGAGAUCUACAAGAAGCACUCUGCCAAAUGAAGAGCUGGUCUUGCCCUCACCGCAAAGAGCUGCCUCACAGCACUAACCCAUUCAGGCUGUGGAUUCUACAUUCCUAAUCAGUGGACAUAAAAUACAUAGAUAUUUUCACCA